CUCGGGAUAAAUGGCGGCCGCCGGGAGAAAGACGAGGCAGCGGCUGCUGGUCCUCUUCUGGACUCUGAGCUUACCAGCUGUUUUGUGUUUUAGUGAGUUGUCUUUUGUGACUGAACCCAGUGACAAGACAGUAUCUCACAGUGAUCAUGUAGUGAUGGACUGUCUGGCCCAAGGACAGCCACCCGUAGACGUCAGAUGGCAGAAAAAUGGGGCCAAACUUUUAGAGAGCGACCGUGUCCGCGUCUUACCCAACGGAUCGCUGUCUCUGUCAUUUGUCAGAAGAGGAGGAGAGCAGUCUGACGAAGGCUCCUAUCAAUGCCUGGCUCACAACAAAUACGGAGCCAUCCUAAGCCAAAGAGCUCGCCUAACAAUCUCAAGUAUCUCAUCUUUUGUGACCCAGCCCUCUCCUGUGGUAGUCACUGAGGGCUCUGUUGCUAGGUUUGCCUGCGGUGUCACAGCCAACCCACCAGCCAUUAUCACAUGGGAAUUCAACCAAAGAGCUCUGCCUCUAGAGACAGAGAGAAUCACAGUGUUACCAAAUGGAGUGUUGCAGAUUCAUGAGGUAAAACCAGAGGAUGCAGGGGUGUACUGUUGUAUAGCCACCAAUAUUGCUAGUCGACUGAGAAGCAGAGAAGCCACACUUACUGUCAACCCAGCAUCUGGAGCCAAGCCACUCAUGAAGCCCCAGAUCAUUGCAGGUCCUCAAAACAUCAGCACCAGCCUGCACCAGACGGCUGUUCUGGAGUGCGUAGCAGAGGGUAACCCUCGGCCUCUGGUGUCCUGGAGCAGGGCCGACUCCAAGCCCAUUGAUGUGUUUGGCGCCAGAGUGCUGGGGAGUGGAAACCUUGUAAUUUCCAGUGUAAAAGCCCAACAUAGCGGAAUUUACUUGUGCAGAGCAACAACACCACGCACAAGGAACUACACAGUCGCUGCUGCAAACCUCACUGUGCUUGUGCCCCCAUCUCUGGUGGAAAAGCCAGAGAGUCAGACGCGCCCCAGAGCAGGCACAGCUCGAUUCAGCUGUCAGGCAGAGGGGAUGCCUUCUCCCCGCAUCAGCUGGCUGAAGAAUGGGGCUGCCAUCCACUCUAAUGGCAGAAUUAAGAUGUACAACAGCAAACUCGUGAUAACCCAGAUCAUUCCUGAGGAUGAUGCCAUCUACCAGUGUCAGGCUGAAAACUCUCAGGGCUCAGUUCUGUCCAUGGCGAGGCUGAUUGUGGUCAUGUCUGAGGAUCGGCCCAGUGCACCCCGAAGUGUCCACGCUGAGACCAUCUCCAGCUCAGCCAUCCUACUGGCCUGGGAGAGACCUCAGUACAAUGCGGAAAAAGUCAUUGCUUACUCAGUGCACUACAUGAAGGCAGAAGGUCUGAACAAUGAGGAAUACCAGGCAGUGAUUGGAAAUGACACAACUAGCCACAUUGUGGAUGAUCUGGAGCCAGCAUGUAACUACACAUUUUAUAUAGUGGCCUACAUGCCCAUGGGAGCCAGCCGCAUGUCUGAGCAAGUUACGCAACACACACUGGAGGAUGUGCCCCUCCGUACCCCUGAGCUUGGCCUUACCAGCCGUAGUCCUACCGAUAUUUUGGUGUCUUGGCAACCUCUUCCUGCAAAGCUGAGCCGCGGACGUGUCUCUGCCUAUCGCCUGUCCUAUCGCACAGCUGCUGAUGAACAGGUGAGCUCUGUGGAGCUGCCUGGCGAAGGGGAGAACUCUACUCAGCACCUGCUUCAAGGCCUGCAGCCAGACACCAUCUACCUGCUUCGUAUAGCUGUCUCCACACGCAUAGGCUGGAGCCAACCCUCAGCCUGGAGUUCACACCGCACACCCAAAACUUCAAGCUCCACUGUGCCCCCUGCCCCUAAUCUGGAGCUGGAGCCCCUCAACUGCACGUCCAUUACUGUACGCUGGCACCCUGCACCCAGUGAUGCUAUUAUCCAGGGUUACAAGCUCCUCUGUUACCCUGAUGGCCAAACAGAGGGCUCUACUAUCCAGUUCCACCCUCAAGACUACCAGUACACCAUUGCAGGACUUGAUCCAAGAAGGAAGUACCAUGUGAAGCUGCUGGCCUUCAGCUCUCAUGGGGAUGGCUAUCAGGCACAUCAGAUCGUCAGCACUCCUGGCUGCCCUUCGGCUCCCAACCGGAGGUUGGCCACACUGCCUGCUCCAGAUCACGUCCAUGGCCAGACUAACAGCUCUUCAGUGGUGAUGCUCAGCUGGGGCCGUCCUGCCUUUAGUUCAGGAAAGCCAGUCAGCUAUUCAAUUCGUUAUGGCCCUGUGGCUCCAUACAAUGCUUCAGCUGUUCGCUACCUCCAAACAACUGAACAGACAGUGAUGGUGCAGGGACUAAGGUCCAACACACGUUAUGAGUUUGUUGUGCGUUUACACAUGGAUCAGAUGUCCAGCCCCUGGAGCUCCCCCAUAUAUCAGAGAACUCUCUUGGAAGCUCCAUCCUCUCCACCGCUGGCGGUGAGAGUGACUCUGAUAGAGGAUGACACAGCGCUGGUGUCCUGGAGGCAGCCAGAGCAGACCAACCUGGUUGUGACCCACUACACUAUCCUCUAUGCCUCGCAAAGAGCAUGGCUCGCAGGAGAGUGGCAGGUUUUACAGAGAGAAGGGAGCAAUACCAUGGCUCUGUUAGAGAAGCUGGAGUCAGGUAAUGUCUAUAUGGUGAAGAUCUCAGCCUCAAAUCAAGCUGGUGAUGGCCCUUUCUCCAACAUGGUGGAACUUCCCAUACUCAGAGGGAAAAUACAACAAGGCAAAAACCCUCGGCACACAUACAGCCAGACUGAGACUACAGUUUUUACAGAUGGCCUGCCUUUUGAUGAAAAGUCUAUGACGGGUAUUAUAAUCGGUGUGUGUAUAGCACUGGCCUGCAUCAUUAUCUGUAUCUUCAUCCUGAUCACUAAAAGCAAAACAAGGAGAAAGUCCUCAUCUUCAAAGAUGAUUGGACGGAUAAAUGGUGAAGUCAUGCAUAAUGGUGUGCCGCCAGCCAAUCAACAACAGGCAGAGAAUGCUGAGGUUCUGGUACCAAUAAUGGGAAACCACUUCAUUGACGCAAAGGGUGGGACACCUUUGAUGAUAAACCGUAGUGGACCCAUUAUCAGUAGCAGUCAGAACAAGGCAAGGAAGUGGAACAUUUUCAGUAGUGCGGAAAAGCGUAUUCCGAAAAAGAACCAGGCUGUGGAGCGAGGAUGUUUUUAUGAAGUGGGUAAGACAGUGUUGCAGUAUGAAGAGGAGCAAGCCGUGGCAUCUCUUCAACCUUCCUCCUUGCAGAACUUCUAUCGUCCACUAGGGGAAUCCGAGAGCUCUCAGACCAGCGAGGGCAGCAGAGACACAGGAGAUUCUGGAAACUUCUCUCACGAUGAGGCAGAAACCAGCAGCCCUAACAUCUGUCAGCAGCCCUUCGUGUGCGAAGACAAGAGAGGUCCCUCAGAAAAUGUUGCGACAGUAAAUCAUGGUGGAAUAUCUAAGAGAGAAGACACAUCAAGCUGUGUUCUGAAUGUCUGUGCUCACGCUUCUGUCUGAAUUUACCUCACCAUCAUCUUUUCUUCUCUGCCCCACUUUAUCCUUAUUGCACUUCUCAAAUACAUAAUCAGCCAGUGUUGCAAGCUAGAAAGAGUUUGCACCAUCUACCUCUCAGGAUAUGCUCAACCUCAUGAAACAGCCAAAGACCAGCAUUUUCCUUUGGGCAAAUGUGUCCAUAUAGCUUUACCAAACAAACUUAUGAUGCACUGUUGGCUUAAGGGAUUAAGCACACCCCCAGACCCUUCCUCAUUCCUUGUAAGAUUUCAGAGACCUGCUCAAGAGGAGUGGUCAACCUUCACAAAACUUCAGAGAUAUACGGAGAUGUACGGUUUCUUCUUCGGUAUCUACUUAUGACAAACGUACUGCCUACUAAUUUUGUUUUCCUCUGCCUAUACUGGGGAAAAUCUCUCACCAAAUGAUGAAUGUCUUUAUAUAAUGUUUUAAUGUUCCUUCUAUAAAAUUUAGUUUUUCCUUUUUCAACAUCCGCACUAGAGGGAGCUGUUAAACCCUCUCCGCUGUCUACCUACCUCAGAUUACCUUUUUUUUUAUUAUUAUUAUUAUUUACACUUAAACUUACUGACAGAGUCUACAUUAUUUAUAAGCCAUGUUUUGUAUGUGUCACAUUUUACACUUUAUUACUCUUUUUUUCUUAUGAAACAGGUUAAGGUGCCUCAGGUUCUUAAAAAAAGACUUUACCUAAUUCUAAUGAGAGCUGCUUAAGGGUAAACUUGGAGAAAGUUCCUCAUGGACAAACUGCCAAAGAAUCCUAAAUACCUUGCUCUGGUUUGGGUUUUUUAGCAGGAUUUUUUUCUUUUCAAAUUUUCAGGUUGCUUACUUUUUCAGUACUACCUCCUCUGAACAGCGUUUUGUUGCGUGAAUAAUUAGGAAGAAUGAUUUACUAAGUUUAUAACCUGAGGGAUUUUGAGUUUUGCUAAUGGAUCAUGUCAUCCAUUUUUCUUCCCAAAUACUGUAUUUAAGCUAGAUUUGAUAUUUUGUUCCAUUUUACUGAGAAUUAUUUGUGAUGUUGUUGAGCUCAGUUUGAGACUUAAGUUGUGUAUGUAUCUUCAGUGGAGGACUUCAGUUUCAGUAUGAUUUGGUUAUUCUUAUUUCUUUAUUUCUUAUCUCUUACGUUCUGGGUGAUAAGUAAGAACCAAAUAUUAAGUGCACUGGUGUUUUCAGUGCAUCAAACCUUGAAAGCUUUAAAACUUAAUGGCCUUAUGGUGGAAGUGCCAUUCUGCAAUAUAUGAAUAUAUAAAAGAUACCUGAUCCAAAGAAUGAAUGAACUAAUGCUACAGAGAUGUGGAAUGAUGCCAAAAAAUACUGUUACCUCCAAAGAUAUAUAUAUAUAAAUAUAUUUCUGUAUAUUGUAAGUGCCACAAAGAAUGCCAUUUCAGCUUUAACACAUUGAUCUACUAAGUUAGCUUAAGUGUUUAUCUGUUGGAUAAGCCCAGUGAUUUUCUUUAUGACCUUACUUUUGUAGAUUGUAGUUAAACAGCAGUGGUGACAGAUGCUAUUAUCCAAAGAGUUGUUUACUUCUUUAACUGGGUUGGACACAAACAUGCUGAAUAAUAUGUGCGGUGGACUGUGUUAUAUGUCUUCCUCAUGUCCAAGAGCUUGAGAUGACAGUGAUUACAUGUGUGACUGACAAAUGACUGUGCAAUGUUGAAGUAUGUGUGGAGUGUGAUUGUGCCACAGUUACAAAUUCAGCUUUUUCAGCAAUGACUUGAUGAUAUUUAGUGCUAGUUAAAUUCAUAAGCUCGAACAAUGUUUAAUCAAGCAGUUUGGACACAGCCCUUUUGAGUGAGGUGCAACAAAAUCAGUUUUCUACGCCUUUUAAUAAACAAGUAAUCUAAACCAAAGAUUGUUAUGGUCACCCUAGUAUACUGAGUAGACUGUGUUUUUUAUUCUCAUAAAGUUGCAUCUUGUUUUGACUGCUGCACCAAAUUCAUAUCCAUAAUAGAGCAAGGGCACAAGCCAUGCUUCACUGAGCAUGCCAUUCCAUGGAAACCUCUCAGAAUGUGAAUGUAAAGCUGAAUGGAUAGACUCAAUAGGACAACCAAAUUUCACGGGGGGAGUAUGUUUGUGUUGCAUUCUUUGGGUUAGUUUUGUAUGUAUUAUUGUUUGUGCUUUUGGAAGUUAUUUUUAUUGGUCACUCAUUGCAAACAUACACAACAAAAGGGAAAAGUAGGAUUUGGCUAAGACUUGCCCUUUUUCUUUAAAUAUGCAUAUUUAAAUGCACCAUUUUGUCUGUACAGUAUUAAUUAGCUUUAUAUUUCUGUGUAUUUGCUUUAAUUUUAUAAAAUGUUUGCUUCCCCUAAGGUGUUAACAGCACUCCAAAAAAAGUGAAAGGUUGUUUUUACCAGUUUUAUACAUGCCAAAGGUGGUCAGAACAAAGCAAGUUUAAUAAAAAAUAUUUCUCAAAGUUGA